AUGUCUCCAACUCCUCCAUCCAAACGACAAAAAAUACUGACCUCUACAGAAAACAACAAUAAUAAUUUUCAUACAAAUACCAACAGCAACUUAUCAAACGGGAUGGAAGCUAACGGAGAAGUUCCUGAUUUGGACGAAAGUCUUUAUAGUCGGCAGCUUUAUGUUUACGGGGCCGAAGGCAUGCGCCGAAUGGCAACAACAGAUAUUUUAGUUAUUGGCCUGGAAGGACUUGGGCUCGAGAUCGCUAAAAAUAUUAUUCUGGCUGGAGUUAAAUCUGUUACGCUGUGUGAUGACACUCCCUUAUGUAUGGCUGACCUCACAUCUCACUACUUUGCAAACCUUAGUGACAUAGGUCAUCCACGUGCUGAAAUUUGUAAGAAUAAGUUAAGCGAGUUGAACAAUCAUGUGUCUGUUCGCGUGUUAAACAAACAUAAACUUGGUGCAGAAGACUUUAGGAAGUUUAGCGUAGUAGUGCUAAACCAGGCGUCUGAGGACCUAUGCGUGGAGUAUGGAAAUAUUUGUUGGAGUUUAGGCGUCAAAUUCGUCGUUGCUUCAACAUGCGGACUUUUUGGCAAAGUGUUUUGUGACUUUGGGACAGAUUUUGUAGUGUAUGAUCCAACUGGUGAAGUCCCACCCUCAGUUAUGAUUCAGCAAGUAGAAAAGAGCAAACAAGGACUCGUAACUUGUUUGGAGGAGACUCGUCACGGGUUUCAGGACGGUGAUUAUGUAACCUUCUCUGAAGUAAAAGGGAUGGUUGAGUUGAAUGGUUGUGAACCCCGAAGAGUCACCGUUGUUGGACCUGAUGUAUUUUCCAUUGGUGACACGUCUGAUUUUAGUUCAUACAUAUCUGGUGGGAUGUGUACGGUUGUAAAAAUGCCAUUAAAAAUAAACUUUCUACCUUAUCAAACAGCCUAUUAUUCCCCAGUUUUCAUGACAACAGAUUUCGUCAAAACUGAGCGUCUCGCACAGAUCCAUCUCUUCUUUAAGGCCCUCAGUGAUUAUAAGAAUAGCAACGGAUCUCUUCCUAAACCUUGGUGUAAAACUGAUUCCCGUACUUUCGUGGACUAUGUUCAUAAAGUUAAUGAGCAAAUGAAAAACACAGGUGCUUCAGUCUCAUCAAUUGAUGAAAAGCUAGCUAUGAUCUUUGGGUGCGUUUGUUCAGGUCAAUGUUCCCCUGUUUUGUCUUUUGUAGGCAGUUUCGCUGCCCAAGAGGUUAUGAAGGCUUGCAGCAGUAAGUUCACACCGCUGCAACAGUGGAUGUAUUUCGAUGCAACUGAGUGUCUCUCAAUGAGUUCAGAUGAAGAUUUCGUUGUUUCAGAGAAUGAUGCAAAGCCAAUUGGAUCUCGUUAUGACGGUCAGAUUGCCAUAUUCGGACGUGCGUUUCAGGAGAAGUUGAAAGGACUGAAGUAUUUUAUUGUUGGUUCAGGUGCAAUUGGAUGCGAGCUGCUAAAAAACUUUUCGUUGAUGGGCGUUGGUGCAGGGCCGUCUGGAAAAGUUGUUGUGACAGACAUGGAUCUUAUCGAAAGAUCAAACCUGAACAGACAGUUCCUCUUUCGUCCAUGGGAUAUCCAUAAAAUGAAAUCAGUCGUGGCAUCGACUGCUGCUAAAAUGAUAAAUCCAGAGUUUAAUAUUGAAGCUCAUGAGAAUCGUGUCGGCCCGGAAACAGAGAAAAUAUAUGACGACGAAUUCUUCGAAAAAUUGGAUGGAAUUGCUAAUGCGUUAGACAACGUUGAGGCCCGCACUUAUGUUGAUCGUCGUUGUGUGUAUUAUCGCAAACCGCUUUUAGAAUCUGGAACUCUAGGUACUAAGGGUAAUGUACAGGUUGUUAUCCCUUAUUUGACAGAAUCUUAUUCAUCUUCACAGGACCCUCCAGAAAAAUCAUUCCCUGCGUGCACUCUGAAAAACUUCCCUUAUCUGAUUGAGCAUACUCUCCAGUGGGCACGUGAUCUGUUUGAAGGACUUUUCGUCCAUCAGUCACAAGCAAUGAGUUCGUUUUUACAGGAUCCGCCUGGCUUUUUGGAACGAACAUUAUCAAAUCAAGGAAACCAACCUUUGGAGACACUAGAAACUUUAAAAACAAAUUUAUUAGACAAAAGACCCAAUAGUUUCGAAGAUUGUGUCACUUGGGCUAGAUUACUAUGGCAGGAUUUGUUUUCAAACACAAUCGCACAACUUUUGUUCAACUUCCCUCGCGACCAUGUCACUUCAACUGGUUCUGAUUUUUGGUCUGGAACGAAACGAUGCCCUCACCCAUUGCAGUUUGAUGUACAGGAUCCAACACAUUUGGAGUUUAUUUCGGCAGCUUCAAAUCUUCGCGCAGAAUGCUAUGGUAUCCCACAAUGUCGAAACCUGUCCAAGAUUUCCGAAAUUGUUCAAAGUGUGAUUGUUCCUCCAUUUGUUCCUCGAUCUGGCGUACGAAUUGAUGUAACCGAGGCAGAGGCUCAAGCAAGGUCAGCUGCACCUAUGACUGAUACAUCUCGACUUGAAAAACUUCAGAAAGCUUUACGUAGCUUUAGUAACACUUCAAGACUACAUAUCAACGUAAUUGAAUUUGAGAAAGAUGAUGACGCAAAUUUCCAUAUGGACUUCAUCACCGCGGCAAGCAAUUUAAGGGCCGAGAAUUAUGAAAUUCCUCCAGCUGACCGACUGAAAAGUAAAUUAAUUGCUGGUAAAAUUAUCCCUGCGAUUGCAACUACAACUAGUUUAGUAGCUGGGCUUGUAUGCUUAGAACUAUUUAAGCUUGUUCAAGGACACAAAAAACUCGAACUGUUCAAAAAUGCUUACGUCGAUUUAGCAUUGCCGUUUACUUCAUUUUAUGAACCUGUAGCACCUAUCAAAUCAAAAUACUACGAUACAGAAUUUUCUUUAUGGGAUCGGUUCGAACUUUCAGGUCCUAUGACCUUACAAGGUUUAAUUGAUUACUUCAAAGAUAGUUUGAAGUUAAAUGUAACAAUGCUGUCGCAAGAUGUUUCUAUGCUCUAUGCAUUCUUCAUGCCAGAGGCAAAGCGUAAGGAACGUCUAGCUAUGUCAUUAAGAGAUCUGGUGGAAGUAGUUAACAAACGCAAAAUACCUCCCCAUGUCAAAGUCCUGGUGUUUGACGUCUGUUGCAGCGAUGAGCAUGAUAAAGAUGUUGAUGUGCCAUAUAUCCGCUAUGUACUGGAACCAGCCAAAUAA